AUGAAAAUACAAUUUAAUGACGAAGCAACAACAUUAUUUGAAUAUCCGUCGGAAUCUUCACUGUUGGAUGAUCAGGAAAACAUCAAUCCAGAAAUCGAGGGAGCCAUCAACACCACCACCACCACCGGUACCACGACCGGUACCACGACCGGUUUCAUUACCACCGAUGAAAGUUCGCCAUUACGUUUACCAGUUCCUUUCGCGUGCGGUAAUCUUGGAAAUUACACUCCCAGCAAAGUUUCCCUGUCGACUGAUUUCGAAUUAGGAAUAACGAAAACAAUUCCUUCGAACAAACCCAACGUCGAACAAGAUAAAGAAGACAAAUCAAUUGGAAAAGGUGAAAAAGAAGAAAGUUCGGGCGAAAAGGAAAGAGAAAGAGAAGAAGAUGAGGAUGAAGAUGAAGAAGAGGAGGCUUACCUUCGACCAGCUGAUGAAAACACAACCGUACUAUGGAGUUCGGAAACGACAGCCGAUUUGUUGUUUUAA